AUGCUCCUUAAAGCUCCUACGGCCACCCGGGCGCUGCAGCAGCAGCCGCCUCUCGCCAAACCUCACCCGGGGCUCCGACAGCCCCGGGGAACGCUCCAAACCCCAUUGCGGGCGGCAAUUGUCGCCCAGCCGCCCCUCGGCGGGCGGUUUAACGCAGCGGGCUCCGGGAGCACCGCGGACACGGCGUGCUUGCCCCGCUUCACCCGGCUCCGGGGAGAUGCGCUCGGGAAGCACCGGAGCACCACCGGAGCGCCCCGAACCCCGCCGGCCCCACGGCAGCGGCCUCUCCCCGCCGUGGGGCCGCGCCCGGACCACCCCCCCCGGCCGGGCCGCAGCCCCGGGCCCGCCGCGGCCUGGGCCCGCCGCCCCUCGCCGGGAGGGCCCGGCCCCGCUGCGGCCCGCGGCGCUCCCCGGGCGGGACUCACCGAGACGGCGGCGGGCAGGGCUGGGCCGUGCCGAGCCGGGGCUGCGGGGACGGAGCGGGAGCGGCCGGUGCUGCGCGGCGCGGGCGGCAGGAAGGGGAGGAGGCGGCCCCGCACGUCCGCCGCGCCUGCGGCCGCCCCCCCGCGCGUUAAAGGCACCGGCACCGCCCCGGCCGGGAGCCCCCGGCACCGCCCGGCCCUGCCCGGCACCGACCGCGGCCGCAGCCCAGCCGCGGGGGAGCCCCGGGAGCGGGGAGUGCCCGCCCGGCUUUGCCACGUGUGUGGGUGCAUCACCCGCAGCCCGCCGUGCGCUGGGGGAUCGCCCCCCGAGCUCCCCACGUGGGGAUCCCUCACCUCGUCCUGA